CAUUUUUCUAGCUGGUUUGCAACCCGGCAGUAAAUUUACAUAAGAAGAAAACAUCGCUCGGGUCCGGUUUUUCCGCAUCUGUUGUCGUAAACAUUUGUAUUUCAGAAUUAUUAAUAUACAUGAAUUAUAUCGGGCACUAUGAUCAUCGGUUGCUGUUUCACCUGUGUUUUUGCAGUGCUGAUAAACAAAGUGUCUCUGGAGGAAACAGUAAAGGCUGAUAUUGGCGGUUCUGUUGUUCUGCUGUGUUCUUCCACUGAACAUGAUCUUAAACCUCAAAACACUGAAGUACAUUGGAGACACAAUGGCAGUGAGAUUGUGUGUGAUAUAAUUAAGGGUAAAAGUUCAGUAGAGCGGCAGGACUCACAGUACAAGAACAGAGUUGAAACUUUCCCUGAUGAGUAUCUGAGAGGAAACUUCUCCAUCAAACUCAACAAUCUUCAAUACACUGAUGCAGGAGAGUUCAGCUGCCUCAUCUCACCCUCAUCUGAACUUCAGACUGUACAGCUGAGCAUCAAGGAAUCAACAGCAAAAAAGGAAAGUAAAUCCACUGAACAAGAAAACCAAGAAGAUACAGAAGCAGACAGUGUGGACACAUCAAACUGGGUUUUCAUUUUAUUAGCUGUACUACUGUUAUUUAUAUUGUCUAUAGCCUGUUUCAUUAUAUAUUACUGUAGAAAAAAAAAAAAAAAAGCUCCCUCAUUUUCUCCAGCCAUGACUGAAGACAAAGAACAGUGACACAAAUGACAUAUCAUGCAUAAAAGUUUCAAAUUUCACAUCAUCUCACUAUUUUUACAGCUGUCACUGGGUGUUUCUGGUGCUCAUGCUUAUGUUUUGUGCUGUUAUAUACUUGCUCUAUGCACUGUUUGUUCUUGCUGAAUGAGAUCUUGAAACACUGAAACGGUAGCCAUUUUUAAAGGUAAAGGACCAAUGAGUCUGUCAAUAUGUUACUGCCUUAAUUCUGAACUACAAGGGUACUUCUUGUUGUGUUUUCCAAUAUUGUAAUAUGUAUUUUGUAUUCUUUUUUAAAUUAUUUUAUGUGUGUUCAAAUUAAAACAUUUACUGAAUCUGAUUCAUUAUAUACAAAUAAAUAAAUAAAUAAA